GGUAGGGAAAUUGCCUUGUUGGAGAUUCGUGGUGUCUGAGCUGUGGAUUCCCCCGGAGCGGGAUGCAACGCGAAGACUUCGCGCAGGUGAUGAUCGCAUGCAGAAUAACGAGGAAGGAAACCUUCCGUUAGGAAGACGUGAGCUUUUGUGGAUUAUUGGCUGAAAGAGACGAAGGGAGGUUUGUUCUGAGGAGUUCUGAGUGGGAAGAGAUGCCCGGAAGCCAGGUGGGGCCAGGCCACCAGGAAAGACACACCAGGAAAAUGACACAAGAAGAUCCUUGCGAAGAAUGUAGCUUAGAUGAAAGUACCUUCCAAGAGGGUAUCUGUAGGAAUAAGGGACAAAAGGCGGACUCGGAGAAGAUCCUCUGUCAGAGCUCUGAUUGUUUUGAGAAUCAGGGUGCACAAACGGACGGGAAGCCACACAAAUGCUCAUAUUGUUGGGAAACUUUUCAUGAGAGAACCCACUUGGUUAUGCACGAGAGAAGCCACACUGGAGAGAAACCAUAUGAAUGCACGGAUUGUGGGAAAACCUUCAGCAAUAGCUGUGAGUUCGUAGAUCAUAUCAGAAUACACACAGAGGAGAAGUUGUAUACCUGUGCAGAGUGUGGCCACAGCUUCCACCUGAAAUCCAAUCUUACCACGCACAGGAAGACCCACACGGCUGACAACCCCUAUGAAUGCUCGGAAUGUGGGCAAAGCUUUGGUAAGAGAUCGCAUCUUGUGACGCAUGAAAGGACCCACACCGGAGAAAAACCAUACCAGUGCUCAGAUUGUGGGAAGAGCUUUAGUCAGAAAGGAAACCUGGUUUCGCAUAUGAGGAUUCACACAGGGGAGAAACCGUAUCAGUGUUCCCAGUGCGGCAAAUCUUUUUCUCACUGCACUUCCCUGAUGAUGCAUGUGAGGACCCACACGGGGGAAAAGCCAUACAAGUGCUCCAUCUGUGAAAAAAGCUUUGUUAAUAAAGGGAACCUGGUCUCACAUGUGAAAAUCCACACUGGGGAAAAGCCCUAUGAAUGCACUGACUGUGGGAAAAGCUUCAGCACCAGUUUUCAGUUUAUAGAACAUAAAAGGUUGCACACGGGAGAGAAGCCAUACACGUGUGCAGAGUGUGGGCAGAGUUUCAAUUCGAAAUCCAAUCUCAUUACGCACAAGAGAACCCACACGGGGGAGAAACCUUACAAGUGCAAUGUCUGCGAGAAAGGCUUUCGCGUUAAAUCGUCCCUCACGAAACACGUGAGAAUCCACACUGGGGAGAAACCAUAUGAAUGCCCCGAAUGUGAGAAAAGCUUCAACACCAGCUCUUUGCUUGUCAAUCACAAAAGGGUUCAUACGGGAGAGAAGCCCUAUACAUGUUCCGGCUGUGGGAAGAGCUUCCGUCAGAAAGGCAACCUGAUUUCGCACAUGAGAAUCCACACGGGGGAAAAACCCUAUGAGUGCCCUGACUGUGACAAAAGAUUCAUUGACAAAAAGUCUCUUAUUAAGCACAAGAGGAUACAUGUGGGGGAACAAGCUUACGAGUGCCCAGAAAACGAGCAAAACUUUGGGUAUAGUUGA